AUGCCCAAUGACAAGGAUCGUGGAGGAUUCCGCUACCUCACCCUGUUCCAAACCGAAAACUCAGUAUUGAACAUCACAGAUGUGACCUUGGAGAUUGGAUUUCAGCCCACUUGCGAGAACCUGAGAGCUUACAAGGGAUACUUUCAUUCAAAUGAUCAGGACCUCAACGAGAUCUGGUAUUCCGGUGCAAACACUCUGCAAACGAACUGUAUCGCCAGGGAUACCGGCCGCCGCCUAGUAUGCAGUGUUGCAGGCUGGGGUAGUAGCGUUGUUCUAGGAACCGGUGAUACAUUUCUUGUUGACAGAGCAAAGCGAGAUCGCUGGUUCUGGCCUGUUGACAUGGGCGUUGCUGUCCCUGCCGCCUUUGUGAGUACAGGUGAAAUGGAGAGCACUAGAAACUCUCUCCAAUCCAUGUUCGAUGCCCAGUCUGACAAUGGAGAGCUUCCCUAUUCUGGACAGCCUAGAAAUAGCAAAGGCAGCGAUAUGUACCACAUGUGGUCCUUAGUUGGAACUUAUAACUACGUCUGGUAUACGGGUGACAUUAACUGGCUCAAGAGCAUCUGGCCCAUGUAUCAGAAGGCAUUGGACUUUACUUACAACAAAGUAACGGGAUCAGGCCUUCUCCACGUUGACCGCGACGAUGACUGGGGCCGCUAUGUCAAUCAAAUAAAUGGCAGUGCGCCAAACAUGCUUCUGUACCGGACCUUGAUAAGUGGAGCUCGAUUGGCCAACUAUCUUGGCAGUGACCUGGGAUCUACGGAUUCAGCGCAGGCCAAGACUUUAUCGCAAAAUAACCUUACUCAUUUCUGGGACGAAACUAAAGGCGCUUUCACUGACACACCCGGAAAAACUGGACUUUGGCCCCAAGAUUCAAACAGCAUGGCUGUUGUUUUCGGUGUUGUGGAAGCUGGAAGCAGCUAUGCUCAGGCCGUAGCAACAUAUCUGACACGGAACUGGACGCCCAUUGGGUCCAAGUCGCCUGGGCUUCCCAGAAACAUAUUUCCAUUUACCUCUAGCAUCGAGAUAGAAGCACACUUCAAAGCCGGCCGAGGAGAUAGGGCGGAUGAACUCAUUAGGUCUUGCUGUGGUUGGUACCUAAACAACCCCAACGGUACUCAGUCCACUGUUAUUGAAGGGUAUCUUCAGGAUGGAUCGUUCGGGUACCGUGACACACGCGGAUACCGUAAUGACAAGUCCUAUAUCUCUCAUUCACACGGCUGGAGCGCUGGACCUACGAGUGCUCUGGCAGAAUACCUGGUGGGACUGCAAGUUGAGGUUCCUGCUGGGUUGGAAUGGCGCUUGAAGCCUGUCUUUGCAGGAGUCACCGAAGCACAAGCUGGGUUCACGACAUUGAGGGGCAAGUUCCAAGCAAAAUGGUCAAUUAAAGAUGGCCAGGCUACUGUCGCAUGGGACUUUCCCCUCAGCACGAAAGGCUGGAUUGGAAUCCCUGGCAUUGAACCUUUUAGAACCAAGGGUAAGGAAUAUCGGAAGGUCAAUUUAUAA